UGUCAGACCAGCGAGCACAUCAAUAAGCGGCAAAAAAAUACGUUUCAAUCGAAAUUUUAUUUUUGCGUACAUGUGAAACCCAACAAAACAUUUGCAUGUAAAAGAAUUUUCCGCCAUCGGGGUACGGGAGAGCAGUGUGUGUGUGCAAGUAUUAAAGAGGAGACGAGUGCGGCCAUGUCUGGAAGGGACUAUAAUGGUGAGCCGGGAUGCCACAGUCCGGAGGAACUGCAGCGGAACUUCCGGCACUUCUGGGAUCCCACUGCCUACUGGAAGUGCGGGAAGGCGGAUCAGCCGGCCCAGCUCCAGCACUGCCCCGCCAAUGAGCUGUUCUACGACAGAGAGCAACGUUGCGUGAAGUGGAAGGACUGGCAGUGGACUGAACCACAGGAUCCGCCCACGAGGCCACGAAAAUAA